AACACGGCUCACUUUAACAGAGAUUUGUGCUCUGUUCAGAUCAUGGAACGUCUACACUGCGUGAGGAAAACUGUUGCUUUUUUCUUUUUAAUCCUGUGGAUGACUUCAGAUAGCAGUUCUCUCAGUAUUAUUGCCACAUGUAAUGAGGCUGAGCAUGAAAUACUUGAAGAACGGUUUAAAUUUCAAGAAUUAACACCUUCACCCUUGCACAUGCUGACUGCGGAGCUGAAUGAAACUCAAAGUUCUGUCCUCAUAAGAUGGUCCAUUAAUGUUGACAGCAGCAUUCACAGCCUUACUGGCACAAGGAUAAUAUUUUAUUUCGGAGAGAGCGAGACAUAUUACAGAUGUCAGUACCAGCCUCCAUUUACCUCAAGACAAAUCAGCCUGAUUGAUCAAGACCAGUUAUGGUUCAAUUUCACUGUGCCGAAUGUACCUGUUUGUCCAUCAACUAGUUAUGAUGUAACAGCCUAUAAUCUUCCAACUCCAUCAGAACAAGGAAAGGAAUAUGGAAAGAAAGUUCAAAUGGAAGAGGUUGUGUGGACUCCUGAAAUGUAUUCAGUGCUUCAUGGGGAUAAAAUAAUGGUGAGCUUCAAAACAAGCCCUGUGGCGGACAGAUACGUCAUCCAGCUGAGUAACGGAACACAUCCACUAAAAACUGUCACGAAGGGAGCGGAAUGCAAAGUAGCAAAAUGUGUAGUGGAACUAGAAUAUAUGGAAAACAUGGGUCCCUGUGAAGAGCUUGUGAUAAAGAUAACGUCUCACUUUGAACACUGUCGAGCUUCUCUUCGGAAGAACAGCCUAAAAGUGGUCUGUCCGAAGAGAUCUUACCUGGACAUCAGUGUUGGAUGUGUGCUGGCCCUUCUCUUUGUGAUUCUCUGUUGCUGCAUCAUCUAUAGCUCUCUGGUUUUCUUCCAGCGGGCUCGUGGCUCAAGGAGAGCUGGGUCCGUGCGAGUGCUGCUUGUGUAUCCUGCGGUAGACGGUGUGUUCCAGCGCUCUGUGAUGCUGCUGGCUGAACGUCUGCAGAGCAGUGGCAAUGUAAGUGUCAUCAUUGAUGUGUGGGAGAGAGGACAUCUAGCAGAACAAGGACCUCUUCGCUGGUUCAACUCUAAGGCAGACCUCGCCGACAGAGUCCUCAUCAUCUCACCACCUCCACAUACACAAACUGAUGACCUUAAAUCCAAACUAUUUCCUGCCCUGCCUGAUGAUGCUGUCUCAGCGUCUGCCAGCAAUCUUUUUGCCCUGGCCCUCAACCUAGUUACUAGCACUGCUCAUGAUCCGCGUGUCCUAGACAAGUUCUGGGUCAUCAUCCUGGACCACAAUGAGAAGAGCAUACAGACCGAGCUCAGAGGCUGCAGGAUGUUCGUUCUGCCGAGAGACUUCAAGAAGCUCCACAGGCAGCUGAGUGAACCGGUCCAGAGCCCAGCACAGCCAAGAUGCUUCAGGACCUACUUCUGCAAGCAAGCCUUGGAGCAGCUGUAACAAACACAGACAUCCAGUCCUGUGCAUGUCAUUCUGGCUGAAUCCAAUAGCCUGGACACAAAUCCUCAUCACUUGUAAAAAUAAGUGACUUUGUGUUUAUUUUUCCAUAUGUUUAUUAUUUCUAAAGAUAUAGAUAAAGAUACAGUCUUCUUGCUUCAGGCUUCAGUUCUAUGUGCCUGUUAUGUUCAAAUAAACCAGAAGACCAUAAAUAGCUGGUUAAGGUGGGUUUGUUUUGGUAUGGUAGCACUUCUGGAACGGAGCUGGUUAUAUUCUGUCAUUGAAAAUUGGCAUUUUUGAGUAUAUAGACAAAUAAGUUCUGCUGCUUGCCAUUUACUUAGAGUUUUAUUGAUGAACGUAUAUACUGCUUUUUCUCAAUGUAUUACUUUGUGAGUUUUCUCUUUUUUUCAGUAAGUUACUUCACGAGUUGGGGUGAAAUGAGAUGGGAUUGCCAUUUCUUUUCAAAUGUUAAUUUGCUUAAAAAGGAUCUGUCUUAUAAAAGCUCACAAUGUGACAAAUGUUUCUGAACUUGUUCUUACAUAAUAUACAUUUAUUAAAUAAUAUGCCAAUGCAUUUUAAAUUAAAA